GGAGAAGCGGCGGAGGCGGCGGCGCUGGCAGCGCCCCUUCCCAGCCCAGAUCGCCGCCCUUCGCCCCUCCGCGCUUCAGCCCCGCCAGCUGCCUGGACCGGCACGCCGAGCCAUGGGGCCCCUCAAGGAAAGCGCCAAGGAGCACAAAAUGCAAGACAAGGAGAUCUGCCGCAGCCGUAUUCCCCGCCUGGUCCUCCGGCCUCAUCUCCCCCAGCAGCACCCUUACCACCAGAAAGUGUCCCCAGCAUCCGAGUCACCCUUCUCAGAGGAGGAAAGCAGAGAGUUCAACCCCCUGAGCUCUUCUGGAGGGUCGGCAAGGACUAUCAGCAGCAACAGCUUUUGCUCAGAUGACACAGGUUGCCCCAGCAGCCAGUCGGUAUCUCCAGUGAAGACUCCUCCUGACACUGGACACAGUCCAGUCAGCUUUUGUACUGGCAGCGAUGGAGACCACACAAGAAAGAAAUUUAAUUCGGGAACAAUGGGGGACGGAAUGCAACAGUCAGCUCGGUAUAAGAAGGAAACAAAGACAAGCCUCGUAAAGCCUGGAAGCGAAGCUGAUUUUAGCUCAUCAAGCAGUACGGGCAGCAUUUCAGCUCCUGAAGUCCAUAUGUCCGUGGCUGGGAGUAAAAGAUCAUCAUUUUCUCGGAAUCGGGGGCCUCAUGGACGGAAUAGCGGAUCUAUGUCCUACAAGACUGGAUCUAGUCCUCCAACAUCCCGUGAGAAGGACUUCCUGUCGAUGCUGUGCAAAAAUCAGUUGAGUCCUGUUAGCACCCAUCAGAAUUAUGGGGCUUCUUCAGCCAGUAGCAGCAAUUCAGGUUCAUUCAAGGGAAGCGAUAGCCCUGUUACAAGGAGGUCUGCACGAUAUACCUCUUGUGGCGAGAAUCAUGGCAUUAAACCACCGAGUCCGGAACAAUAUCUGACUCCCCUGCAGCAGAAGGAAGUGACAGUGAGGCACCUGAAGACAAAAUUAAAGGAGUCUGAGAGCAGACUUCAAGAAAGAGAAACAGAAAUCAAAGAACUGAAAUCUCAGCUGGCGCGCAUGCGAGAAGAUUGGAUUGAAGAAGAGUGUCAUCGUGUGGAAGCUCAGCUCGCCUUGAAAGAAGCAAGGAAAGAGAUCAAACAGCUCAAGCAGGUCAUUGAAACCAUGAAGAACAGCUUGGCUGAGAAAGACAAAGGGAUUCAGAAGUAUUUUGUGGAUAUCAACAUCCAGAAUAAGAAACUGGAAUCCUUACUCCAAAGCAUGGAAAUGGCACAGAAUGGUUCUUUUAGUGACGAACGGAGUCUAGAGUAUGAGUGUGGAUCUCCUGAUAAGUCCUUGGCUACAAGUACAGCCUAUUCCAAAAUGGCAGACAGUCUACUUGUGGAGGACCAAUCUAUGGAGGAUCUGGCAGAUAGCGGUGUGCUGCUUAGUGAUGAUGUAGCUAAUGGGAAUGACUUAUUUGAAGAGACUGUGGUCACUACCACACCUGAACUUGGGCACCCAGCUGACUUUCCAUCCUCUGCCUUAAACCAUCUGGAUCCUAUGUCAAACCUGGCAAACUCCACAGAAGAGGAUGAUAACAGCAGCCACAAUGUGGCGAUGGAACAGGCAGUUCAGGCUGAUGUAUUAUUGUAUAGCUCAGGCUUGGAACAGCUGAUUCAGAACCUGUUCAAGACACAAGAUGGCCGCCCCAUUAGCCCAUCUCCUGCAUUAAGAGAAUCGGAUGGCUCUGGUCCUGACAGCUUCACAGACUCACUGGUGGACUUGACUCCAUGUGACCCAAAUUCUGCAAUCCUUUUGUCUCCCAUGGAGUCGGUCCAUGGUGCCAUAGAUUCUAGGUAUUAUGAAAACCGGGUCAUGAAGGAACUGGACUUCACAGACAGUCCAGCUGAAAUGGUCGGGAACGUCAUGGAGUUGUCUGAGGGAAGGGUCGUGAAGAGAUACUGGAGCAACAACUUCCUCAUUGAUCUUAUGGCUGUCGCUGCCCCCAUUGUGCCGACGGCAAUAUGGAUGCUCAGUACUCAGAAAGGAGGAGUUAAUCCAGUCUACAACAUUGGAGCGUUGCUUCGUGGCUGCUGCCUGAUAGCCCUGCAUUCCCUUCGCCGUGUACCCCUCAACAUGCAUCCCUAGAUGUAACUUUUUUUGUAUGGUGUAUUGAGAGACCAAGCUUUGACGGGUGUAGCGAGGUCAAGAGAAAGCUGGUGUCUGUAAUGGUGGGUCUGGUCUUAUUGUUGCUCCAAAAAGGUUUGAUUUGCACUACAUUUAGUUGAAAACAUGUUCAUUGUUUGAAACUGAAGAGGAAAAGCUAUUGGUGGCAUGGAGACUUGUUUCCACUAAGUGUAAAAUGCAAGUGCAUUUUGGAAAGCAUGCUCAGCACUUCUCAUUCUGUCGUCAGGUGUACGGGUUGUUCUACCAAAAUGUUUGCAGAUGUGAGGGGGGGGGGAAGGUUCAUUCUUGCAAUGGCAGCUUACAUAGUCUUGGCAUGUAUUGUCUGUCCGUGCUUCUUGGUGCGCUUUAAUUAUGUAAUCACCCCUGCAUUCCACUGCUCCGAUCCUGUGUACGAGGGGACCGUAACCAAAAACGUUUUUAAAAAUGCAUUAUUGUAGAUUGAUGGGAGUCUUGAAUCUUGUUAUUUUUUUUUAUAAAUAUGGUUGUGAAUAUAUUUUAUGAAGUAUGUCUUAAAUGAAGUCUUACUUGGAAUGUGCUGAUGUCACUCAAGUUGUGCGAAGGAUAUUUUAAGUGUACAAUGUUAUAACUUAUUUUCUUGUUAAAUAAUCUUUUAGGGGGGCACAUUUAUAACUACAUUAUAAGUAAAGCAUGUUAAAACUGA